CUCCAGCGGCGCGCGCGCAGUCGAACCUCCGCCGCGGGAAAACACGCGCGUGUUUCAUACCUCUCCACCUUCACGUAUCUUCCUUCACGCUCAACUAACUUAUGAGCGAAAUUAUAGGAUUACAUUAAGAAAUUUGUGUGAAACCUCAGUUAAAAAAGCGAGCAUUGUGUUUGUGUAAUUGAUAGGCCGAUAGAAAGUUGGCUAACUUGUUGCCUGGGUGAACAAUCGUAUAAACACUGUAUAUUUUACUAGUGGUGCACCAGUACCGGUGGACUAACUGUAAGGCGGUCGUGAAUGCCGGGCCGCAUGGAUGGCGGCGCACGCCUGCCGCUCGCUAGCUGUUCUACUCAUUGUAAUCACGCUAGUCGUAGCUAAAUAUGCUGAGUUAGAAUCAUGGCGGGGUGCCGGGAGGCCGGCGACAGAGGCGCAGGAGGCGGAGGACGAGAAACGAGACUCCGAACUGCUGGAAGCAGUCAAGGAGUCUAUGAAAGAAUGGGAGCAGAAGAGAGCACGGACUAGGAGUAAACGAUCUCAAGGUAGUGUAUGCUAUGGAGAAUUCGGAUGUUUCGAAGAUGCUGGCCCCUUCGCGUACCUGGAGACGUUACCCAGCUCACCGCAGGAAGUGGGCACGCACUUCCUACUCUAUUCCACUAUCAGCAGAGGCGACCAGCCACUUCUGGCUGUAUCAGCAAGCAACAUGUCGGCGGCGUGGGGCUGGGCAGCUCGAGCCUUCGACCCCAACCGACCGACCAGAGUCAUUGUGCACGGGUUCGGUUCCAAUUGUGACAACGUAUGGGUCUACGAAAUGAGGUCCGCCUUGAUGGCUGUUGAAGAAUGCAAUGUGGUUUGUGUAGAUUGGGAAGGAGGAGCAUCAAUGCCCAACUAUCUACGCGCUGCAGCGAACACAAGACUAGUAGGAAAGCAGCUAGCUAUGCUGCUGCAAGGUUUCGCCAAACACAUAGAUUUGCGGUUUGAAGACGUCCAUCUCAUCGGUUUUAGUUUAGGCGCCCAUGUCGCUGGUUUUGCGGGUUCAGAGUUACGGAAUAUUAGUCGUAUUACAGGACUAGAUCCAGCAGGGCCUCUCUUCGAGUUCCAAGAUCCCAGAGCUCGGUUGGACCGGUCUGACGCCAAGUUUGUCGACGUCAUCCAUUCCAACGGCGAGACUCUCAUUUUGGGAGGACUUGGGGCUGCACAACCACUAGGCCAUGUCGAUUUUUACCCGAACGGUGGGAGAGUCCAACACGGAUGUUCUAAUUUGUUCGUCGGAGCAGUAUCAGACUUUGUGCUACCGUGGGCUGCAGCGUCCCCAGAAGGUCGUUCCCUCUGCAACCACAGGCGGGCCUACAAGUUCUUUACCGACUCAGUCUCACCAAAGUGCCACUUCCCUGCUUUCCCUUGCGCGGAUUACGACACCUUCCUAGAAGGUCGGUGUUUCCCCUGCGACGGACAGCGCCGCUGUGGCAACAUGGGGUACUACGCUGACCGGUCCUUGGGCCGCGGUCAACUCUACUUACUCACCAGGGAGGAAGAACCUUUUUGUGCACAUCAAUACCACGUGUCGGUGUGGGCCAGUAGCGCAGCAGGAGAGAAGGCAAACUUCGGCCGAGUGACGCUGACCUUGCACGGAGACUCCGGACUCAACGAGUCCUUCCCGAUGACCAAACGAGAAGACGUAGUGAACGGCAGUGCGAGGUUCACGCGAGUGUUGGUGCCGCACCCCGCGCUGGGCGUGCCACUGCGCGCCUCCCUACAUUACGCUGGCUACUCCGGCUGGCUCAGCGCUAGUGCCAAGUCCAUACACAUACAUAAACUGCUCAUCACUGACAGCUUCUCCAAGACGUCAUCGUUCUGCAAAAAGGGAAUUCAGUUAUUAUCCGAAGAAUCAAUCGAAAUGCCGCUGUACCCUGGGGAUUGUGAAAUACAAGAGGAGAAUGAGCUAUUGAACGCAACAAGUAAUCUUCAUUAUAUGAACAAACAAAACACAACAAAAGAAGAAGGGAACACCAUUGACCCUGUUGACAACGAACUCCCCGAGGACUCUCCACAGCGACCAUUCACCUUAGUGGACACGUAUGAGUGGACGGAAGGAGAAAACACAGGACGAGCCUUCGGAAUGACCAACACCAAAACUGCUCCCAGUGGAGCUAUCGAAAUCGCCGAGCCAGUGCUCCGACCACGAUUACGAAAAACGCCUCGCCAGCGAGCCGACUCACCCGACGAACAAGAGAUAUCGGAACCAUUACUGAGAGCGACGCGACCACCGAGGACCACAACUAUUUCACCAAUACGAAAAGCUAAGAACUACGACAUGUCAACUACACCCACUUACGAUACCGUAACGUGGGGUGAGAGAGCCGAGAAAGAGGAACCGGGAUUUGUUGUUCAAUUCCUGCCUUCCCGACUGGCAUCGUUCAUUUCGAGAGCCGAACGAUAUGCCCGAGAUACCUUACUACCUCUAGUGUCAGCCUAUGCACCGCGCUUGCCAAUAUUCGGCUCCCGAGAGGUGCCGAAACCAACUGCGAGGUUUAUUCCCACCGAGGAAAUUAAUGUCACGAGUUCUAUACCCGUGCCGACACCUACUUUAGAAAUGAAAAUCGAAACGUUGCGGACAGUUGGACCGCCAGGAGCGAAGCGCGAUAUGGAGUCUCCAGAAGACCCAGAAAUACCAGUGACCACCACGACUACUACCACUACUAGUACAACCACACCACCAACUACAACUACGACUCAAAAAAUUCGAGCGUCGCCCACCGAGAUGCUGAAAAUAGUGCCGGGACCGGCCGUAUCAACAAGCACAGCGCUACCACCCGUAGCGCUGAGAAGUGAAGGCGAAAAGAUAGUCAUUGUGUACCCAAGCAAUGCGAGAGACGAGCGAAAGAUACGAUCGCACUCGUACCCAGAGGAGUUACAGUUCGAAGCGCUGUACCGACACACGGGCUCGCCCACAGACCUACACGUGGACCUCCCGACGUUCACCCCGCCGACCACUACCCUUGCACCCAGUACUACGGCACCAGCUAAAAAUGAAGCCAGGUACAUUCCUGUCGGGUACGUCAAACCAGGCGACGAAAUUCCAUCCAACUCUAGACAAACGUGAGUGGACAUUAAGACUGUGAGGUACU